GCUGAAGUCAAGGUGGAGGAGCCCAAUGGGAUUCAGCAGAAGUCAGAGGUGAUGGAGUUGCCGGAGAGGAAGGAGAAGAGGGGGGAGAGUAAUGCCGAGAGCGAGAUGACCGAGAGCGAGGCCUAUUCCUACAACCCGAAAGAGAAGGAGAACCAAAGCACGCUUCUCCUGCUGUGGUCGCGGUUCAAGAAGUCUGUGGGCCGGACUUUGCGUUACGGACUGAAGCGAUUUGGUGAGGACUGGAUCUUCCUGUUCUUGUUGGGGAUUAGUAUGGCUUCACUCAGCUUCGGUCUGGAUGUCGUCGUUGCCAAGCUACAGCGAUACAACCUGUGGGUGUACGAUGCCCUCGACCAAUACCGCUAUUUGCAGUACUUCUCCUGGAUCCUUUAUCAUGUUCUACUCAUGUGUAUAUCAGCGGGAGUGGCCAAAUAUAUCUCUCCUCAGGCGGCAGGUUCUGGUAUUCCAGAGAUCAAGGUUACAUUGAGAGGAGUGGUCCUAGCUGAAUUUUUCACGUUACGCACAUUUAUUGCCAAAUUAAUUGGUGUCACCUGCACACUUGCUGCUGGAAACACAAUAUUCCUUGGGAAAGUGGGACCUUUUGUCCAUAUGGCCGCCAUACUUGCAACUCAGCUGGGGAAGGUGAUGGUGAAGCUGGUUGGAGCCAAAGAGAAUGCGAGCCGCAAGUAUGAACUGUUGAUUGCUGGAGCGGCGGUGGGUGUGGCUUGUUGCUUUGUUGCUCCCGUAGGAGGUGUCCUAUUCAGUGUGGAGGCCACGGCUACGCAUUUUGCCGUGCGCAAUUACUGGCGUGGAUUCUUCGCAGCAACGUGUGCAGCUUUAAUGUUCCGACUCUUGGCAGUGCUUCACAGUAAUGGAGAGACCGUGGCCAUUCUUUUUCGUACCGGAUGGACAGUGGAAUUCCCUUUUGAUCUCCCAGAAUAUUUUUCAUACGCCGUUCUGGGUGUUGUGUGCGGCUGCGUUUGCUGCGUCUACCUGUUUCUUCACCGCGUCACCUUACUUUUCAUCAAUAGGAACGAGCGGGUUGGGAAAUUCUUCCGCAACAAUAAGAUUGUGUAUGCUGCAUUUGUCGCCCUGGUAUUGGCCAGCAUCACCUUCCCUCAUGGGUUCGGGCAGUACAUGGGAGGCACUCGGCUGACAAUGAAAGAACACAUCGAGACUUUCAUCAACAACUUCACCUGGGGAGUGGAAGAAUUAUCCAUCAAUGUAAAUGCCUCGCGACAGCCGCCAAAUCCAACAUACGACAACCCCUGGCUGCAGUGGACACAUCCGCACUUGUCAUCCGUAGAGAAGCUGGCCAUCUUUGUAGUGAUGAAGUUCUUCAUGCUUCUGCUUGCAAACACCAUGAUCAUCCCGGCUGGGUAUUUCCUGCCUGUGUUUGUAUACGGUGCUGGCCUGGGACGACUGUACGGAGAGAUUAUGGCAAAGAUCUUCCCCAAUGGUUUCAUCUCAGAAGGAAUCCCCAUCAAGAUUACUCCGGCAGGCUACGCACUUGCAGGUGCCGCUGCGUAUUCCGGAGCUGUCACGCACACCCUCUCUACAGCUUUGCUGGUGUUUGAAUUGACGGGACAAAUGUCCCACAUUCUGCCGGUCCUGAUCGCUGUUCUCAUAGCCAACGCCAUCAGCCAAAGCUGUCAAAACUCCUUCUUUGACCUCAUUAUCAUCAUUAAGAAACUGCCGUACCUCCCGAAGCUGGCCAUGGGGAAGAACUGUGCCCAUGACGUGUGUGCGGAGGACUUCAUGGUGACAGACUUAACAUAUCUGGUGAAAGGCUUUAAGUACAAAGGCAUCAGAAACCUGCUGAAGUCCUCUGAUCUACAGCAAUACCCCAUUGUAGAUUCUGAAGAAUGUAAGAUCCUCCUCGGCUCAGUCAGCAGAAAAACACUCACAAAGCUCUUGACAGAUCAGCUCAGCCCAGAACGCAGAAUGCAAUACAUGAUGGAACAAAACGGCACCAACAUGGACAACAGCAUGACUGUUACAUCUUUGGGAGAGUAUAACACAUCCAGACCCCGGCUCACCAGAACAGCAGAAACAGAAGCUACAGAGACCACAUACAGCAAUCAGGACACUGUCACAUUCGAAAGCGAAGAGACAUCAAAGCCAAGGAGUGAAAGCCGCAGGAGACGCUCAAGCAAAUUCCGCAACCAAUACCAAAAACUAGUGGAGGAAUGGGAAUGCCGUCAGCUCAAUGAGGUGGUGCCGGUAGAGGACCUGCUUAUUGAUCCAGCUCCAUACAGACUUGUCGAGAAGCAGACUCUUUACCAGGUUUAUGACUUGUUCAAUCUCCUAAGCCUUCGCAGGGCCUAUGUCACCAGUAUAGGACGGCUGGUGGGAGUCAUCUCCCUGACGGAGUUAAAAGAUGCUGUUCACGGAUCGGUAAAAGGAACAUUCACCUCCCGUGCAACCCCCAAGACAGAAGAAAGUAACCAGGAGGGCUACACUCUGCAGCCCCUGGUCCAUCUACCUUCAGAAUACCAGGAAGAAGAAACUGUCACUGCUCCAAAAACAUCAACCACGUGACACUUCCGCGUGGAGGACUGAACACACAACAACUGCACACAUAUCUCCCAAAUGUGACAAUACAAAU